AUGAUAACAAUUCACUUAAGUAAAACUCUGUCUGUUUCAUUCCACCUCACUGGGAUUCCUGGCUCCAAGAAUGUUAAUCAUUUUAUUUCUAUCCCCUUUCAUGUGUGCUACUUGAUUGGAAUAGUGGGCAACUGUACAAUCCUUCACACCAUCCACAUAGACAAGAGUCUCCACAAGCCCAUGUACUACUUCCUGGCCAUUCUGUCCCUUACUGACAUGGGCCUGUCUAUCUCUACCCUGCCCACAGUAUUAAGAAAUAUUCUAGUACUAAAAAAUCUUGAUACUAGGAAGAUUGAGGUAAAUGCUUGUGUAUCCCAGAUGUAUUUUAUUCAUACUUUUUCCCUAAUGGAGUCAGCUGUGCUUCUAGCCAUGGUUUUUGACCACUAUGUUGCCAUUUGUGAUCCUUUGAGGUAUUCCAGCAAACUCACUCCACAGCACACUGUGUACAUAGGGGUCUUCAUUAUAAUCAGAUGUUCUGUUGUCCUCCCUGUUAUUCUUGUUUGUAUUCCCACGCUUUCCUUCUGUCACUCGCAUGUUCUCUCUCACUCUUUCUGCUUGCAUCAAGAUGUCAUCCAGUUGGCCUGUGAUGACAUCUCAUUCAACAUUUUAUGUUUGUUUGUUGUUGGAUUUUAUUGGGGUGUAGAUUCUCUAGGAAUCUUGUUAUCUUAUGCAUUCAUCCUCCAUUCUGUGCUAGGCAUUGCAUCCUAGGGAGGGAAGCUCAAAGCUUUCAAUACAUGUGCUUCCCACAUUUGUGCUGUAUUUAUUCUAUAUGUGCCCAUGAUCGGGCUAUCCUUAGUGCAUUGCUUUGCAAAACACUCCUCCCCCUUUUUCCACAUGAACAUUGCCAAUAUUUACCUCUUAGUUCCAACAGUACUUAACUCAAUCAUUUAUAGCAUCAAGACAAAGCAGAUUCGCCAAGGUUUCCUAAGGGUACUAUCACGCAAAAGGCAUUCAAGCCAGACUCAGGCUUUGCAGGCUGGACGUGCCCAGGAUGCCCUAGAUUUUUAUGAUGAGGCUACUUUGGUACAGAAGGAAAUAAGUCAUUUGCUCAACUUGAAAAUCGAGCAAGCAUUAGAGCCAGACAAUGUCAUUUAUACAGACAAGCCCCAGUCAAGAGAAGCAGGGAUUGGUGGUGGUAAUAAGCCAGGCAGAUUGAGGAAAAUAGCAGGACCUUAA